UACAUACUGCAGUUUACACUGUGUUUGGUAAAAUUAUAUUUUUUUCAUCACAGAUGGGAUUGAAACCAAAAUAUAUUCAAUUGCUAAAUGUUAACAUGUACAUAUAAAAUUUAUAAGACUGACUACAUAGGACAGUACCUAAGGUCAUUAGAGUAUAUUUGAAAAGUCUAGCAAAAAGACUCUUAAACAGAUCAUAUUGGGGGCAACACGGUCUAUACUGACUUUAAGUUGAUAAAGCGAAAUGGGUAAAACUGGUUAACCCACCAAUGAUCGGUUAGCGAUUUUUGUAAUAAGGAAACUGUAAAAGGCAUAAAUGAAUGAUACUAUUUUAGUAAAAUAAUAGAAAAUGAGUUCAUUUCCCCCUGUCUCUCGUUAAUCAAACGGAUAGAAUGCAAUGGAAUUCAAUUCCAGCGAAAAUAGGAAGCAUUAAUCGAAUAAAGUAUCCAAUUCUCGUCUUUUCUCAAGUGUGAAAAUGAUAACUAUAAUUACAUGAUAUAAGACCCGUGCUUUUGUUCUGGACUUCACAAGCUGGGACGCUGGAUAUCCGACAUUGCUCAUCGGACAGUUUUCAGGAAUUAUAAAAAUGAGGCGCACAAUUCAUUUCUAUGUUAUGGUGACGUCACUGUAUUUGCUUCGGCUGAAGGGAGCACGGUCAGACUACACAGAAAACAGUCAGGAUUUCGAUGUCGAACAGAAAGGUCAAAACUAUUCUGCUGGUCUGAUAUCUACAUGCAGUCGAUUGAUUUUGGAUGACUUGAAUUUAAAUGCAGACAAGUUGUACGAUGGUUCUGUCAAUGAAUUAAACCUUUCUGUACACCAUGAGACGGACUUAUGGGUUAGCAUCACAAAUUCCAUGUAUAUAAAGUCAGCAGAGUCACCCAAUACAAAGGUCACUGCUAACAAGGAAGUCGAGAUUCGGCCACUCGAUCAGCAACCAGCGUACAUGAAAAUUCCAGAACUUUCAUCAGUCUGUCCACAACAAAGAAAAUUCAGUUCAAACAGACAGUCGGUAAAUCAGUAUGAAAGUGAUGUUCAACGUCCAGCAGUCCGCAGAGCUGUUUACCGACAUGAAACUAGAAACAGAAGAAGAAAUGCUAGUCCCAUCAAAGAAAUGAAUACCAGGAGAGAAAUGCGUGUAAAUAAUAUCCGAACGGAUGAACGUAGAAGAUUGAAUAUAAGAAUACGAUCCAUGAUAAGGCGUGCUGACUCGCAUCGUGAAAAUCAUGAUAGAAUGCACAGACGUCAAGUACGCAGGCUAGAUGAGGUUGAUAAUCAACGAUAUGAUGCUAAAAGACGCGAUCAAAGAAAUAUCUUAUCUUCUGAUAUUCGAAAGCAACGUGACAGAUCCUUAUCUGCUAGACAAGUACGCUCUGAUGAAAGAAGACAAGAAUUCAUCAGCAGAAAAAGAGUGCAGAGAAAAGAUUUUACAGAAAACUCAGAUGCUAGACAAGAACGAAGAGAAAACAGACGUGUUCAAGACAGACGUCCUACCCGAAGUUUCAGUAUCAGACAAGAACGGAGAGAAAAUGAUGUUAUCAGAGAAAACGACAUGCAAAGCCGAACAAGGAACUCUGAAGAAGUUAGACGAAAUACUCACUUUAGAUCAAGCAGUAACAACAGAAGAGUAGCCGAAGAGCGCCGUGAAAAUAUUGUUACAAGUAACUUUCGCGGAAGAGACGAUGUGGUUCGUCGGGAAUCUGAAAGAUCGUUAAAUAUCAAGGCACACUCAGACCGUAGACGAGUAGAUGAUAUACGAAUAAAUACAAAGAGAGAUAAAUCUGUCAGAUUUAGACAUGAUGUACAAUAUAGCAUUAGCCGCGAUAAGUCUGAUCUAGCCAGUUUGGAUGAAGGGCGACGGCACCAAAAUAGCAACCGAAGGUACAGUCAGAUUCGUCGCUCUGAAGGGUCUCACGACACUGGAAGAUCUGUGAUACGGGAAAGACACGCCGAUAAUACUAGGCAAAUACCAAGACUCAAUGUACGAGGUAUGGGUUACAAGACAGCAACCUAUGGCAACUUCUGGAGCUUGGAUGAAGGAGGCAUUUCUAGGGCAAUUCUUGUUGGUUUCGUAGGAAUUCUAGGACGAAAACUUUGGCAAAAACAGGCAUGAUACAGUCCGGGAUAUCUAGUGUCAAUUACAGGGAUAUAGACUAUGUAGAAUAUGUAAUGACAAAUGAGAAAGGAAGUCUACAAAAUGAAAAUAAAUCUGUUCUUGAAUAAAACGUACAGCCAUUCCCAAGGUUCAUGUUCUCCACGGUAUUGUAACCUAACUGUAGUAAAAUAAAAACAUAAAUCUGGAAUAUUAUUGUUUUCUCUUUUGAUAAAUUGCAUGAAUAUUCUGGUAGACAAUCACUGCAACAUUUUGUGUAAUUUUGUACGCACGCUAUUUAUAACUAAUGCAAAACGUAAAUUUUAAGGUUAUUCGACUGAAUAAUACAAAACCUGCACAACUUCCUGUUGUAAAGCUACGUACAGUGUGCAUUUAUUCUGUUACUCUUUUUUAUACUUCUUUCUCCUAUGUUAACACACAUAACUUUUAUUCAGCCUUAGUACACAACAAUGCGUUCAGGAAGAACAAUCAAAUUUGACAAAACUAGGAACGAGCAUGAUAUUCCCCAAACUAAAAUUACGUUCAGUAAGGACUUUAAUCCGUGACCUCGUCUGCGUUCUUUUCACCUUAUACGUUAGAGAACUGAGAGAAUUGUUUAUCUCGCAAUACCCUCUGAAAUUCAAUGUCGCUGAAUCUGAAUUAAUAUUUUAAAUGAGUAUCUUUUCAUACUGAAUUUAUCAAACGAGUUGAAUAAUGCUAUGCCGAGCAGUUUAUCAAUUUUAUUCAACGAGUUUAGUCUAUUCAAUGUGGAAAGCCACAAAUGAAAUAUUCUUUUUAUCACACGUAAGCUUUUCCUGUUGAAACAUCAAAGUUUCUUCUUUCUUUACCUAUUAUAGACGAAGUAAAUUCGCCCAACGUCUCCUAUAAAUAAACGACGUCAACGUCAAAGCUUUAUUAUACUAGUGUAUUAUCAAAUGUAAUGGCUAAUUUUACUCCAGCGCCGUCAAUUAUGUGAUGAAGCCCUUUAGAGAAAAUUGGAAUGUUAAGAAAAUUAAGCAAAAACAAAUGAAAAAAAACUCCUUGACAUAUCGAAUGUCGAACUCAAAACUAGCCACCAUCUUAACAUACUUUUAAUUUAGGCAUUUAAAUCCCUAAACUUUAGUAUGUGUUGCAGUCAGCUGCAUUCCAUAUCAAAGUAAAUCUACUGGUGAUCAGCUGUACUCUAUAUCAAAGUCAAUCCGCUGAUGAUCAGCUGCAUUCCAUAUUAAAGUCUAUUGUCAUAUCCACUGGCGGCCAGUUGCUUUCUCAUUUAUAGUCAUUUCUAUAUCAAAGUAAAUCCACUGGUGAUCAGUCACAUUCUACACCAUAGUCAUUUCUAUAUCACAGUAAAUCCACUGGUGUUCAGUUGCAUUCUAUUUCAGUGUCAAUAUUCUACAUUAUUGUAAAUCCACAGGUGAUCAGGCGCAUUCUAUUGCAAUGUCAGUUCUAUAUCAAAGUAAAUCCACUGGUGAUAAGCCGCAUUCAAUAUCAACAUCAAUUCCUGGAUGUAACAUCUAGACAUUAACUUCAGAAAGUGUCUUUGAUUACCACCAGCAUUAAAUCAUACGCAAUUUCGAUAUAAGUUGGUUGCAGUUAACUUUAAACUAUACGCCUUCAUAAACCGAUGGACGCUUAAAUGAGGGUUAAGAGUGUCAAAAAUAUUUGAUCGAAACAUUAACCAUAACUUCUCAGUUCAUUUACAAGUGCAUUUUCAACACGUACAUCUACAUUGUGUGACGAUACGCUUACUGAAAUAAAGAAUGAAAGCCUCAAUCUCUCUUUUUGUAUUAUUUUGGAAAAUACAGCAUCUAAAUCCUUUGCAGCAGUUUGUUUAAUUUAAGAAACUAUAAUAUACAGUGCCCUCCAGAAAUCUGGAGACAACUUAGAAAAAAUACAGUUUCUAUCAGAAUAUAGACCACCUUUAAGGCUUUAUAUCAAUAAUACAUCACAGAGUAAGACUUCAACAGCCUAAUUUUAUUAAUCAUAUAGCAAUGAUGUAUCACAAAAAUAAUUUCAAAUGAUUUAGAUAAGGAAAUAAACAUCACAUUUUAUGUUUUAUAACUUUUGCAGUUAUUUCCCAUUUGCCUUUAGACAUUUGGAAAGUAAUAAAAAACAAAGUCGUCCAAAGGGAAAAACAUGCAUUUUUGAUGAAGUUUAUC